AAAUUAAAGACAAUUCUGAUUUACUAAACAAGUACCAUAGAGGAUUCUUCAUCAAGGGGAAGUUUCUCUGUUGCAGCCAGACCUGUAAAGCAGCCCCUGGAUGUACAAUAUGGGAGAAAUAUGUCACUCUGUGCUGUACAACUGGGUAUGUGAAACCACUGCCUCCAGUCCCUCAAACGCUGCAGAAGCGUAGAAGCCUACCUCAGGUGCUAUCACCAGACAAGUCAGUCCUGAAUGUGGCUGUGGCCCAAUGCAACUAUGAACCCGAAGGAAAUUCAGCUAUCCGGCUUGUCAGAAGCAGUAAAUACUAUGUAUUGCAAGAGGAAGAUUCUUCCUGUUGGAAAGUAAGGGAUUUGGAAGGGAAUGAAGGUUUCGUACCGAGCACUUACUUGAGAAAAUUAUCUCUGAAAGAUGAUGAGCCCAGGGAAAACUCCAGUGUCAGUGAACAGACAUUAGCAGAGGAGCAGAGUCUUGCUAAGCAUGAUUGGUAUGCUGGUAAUAUUUCCCGUGCUCAGUCAGAGCAGCUGCUCUGUCAGAAGGUCCUACAUAUCCUUUACCGUUUAAGUAAAAAAGGAACAGUCAAACAUUACCAUGUGCACAAAACCCCUGAGAACAAGUAUUACCUUGCUGAAAAUUACUGUUUUGAAUCAAUUCCCAAGCUUAUACACUACCAUCAGCACAACUCAGACGGUAUGGUGACAAGGCUCCGACAUGCAGUGUCUACACAAGUAAAUAAAGUCCCAUCAACAGCUUCAUUAGGAAAAGGAAUCUGGGAGCUGAAACGAGAAGAAAUUGUCCUGCUGAGAGACUUAGGGAGUGGCCGGUUUGGAGUGGUGUAUCUGGGAAAGUGGAAGAGACAAUAUGAUGUGGCCAUAAAGAUGAUUAAAGAGGGAACAACGUCAGAAGAUGAAUUCCUAGAAGAAGCUCAGACUAUGAUGAAAUUUAAUCAUCCCAAACUUGUUAGACUCUACGGUGUAUGCUCAAAAUCAUAUCCCAUCUAUCUUGUGACAGAAUACAUGCCUAAUGGCUGUUUGCUGAGCUACUUAAGGAGUCAUGGGAAGGAACUACAACCCCUUCAGCUUCUGGAAAUAUGUUAUGAUAUUUGUGAUGCUAUGGCUUUUCUGGAAAGCUGUCAGUUCAUACAUAGAGAUUUGGCUGCUAAGAACUGUUUGGUUGACAGCAAUCUUAUUGUGAAAGUGUCUGACUUUGGGAUGACUAGGUAUGUUCUGGAUGACCUGUAUAUAAGCUCACUAGGAACCAAGUUUCCAGUCAAGUGGUCAGCACCAGAAGUUUUUCGUUACACCAAAUUUAGCAGCAAGUCAGAUGUGUGGGCCUUUGGUAUCUUAAUGUGGGAGGUGUUCACUUUGGGAAAGCAGCCCUAUGAGCUUUAUGAUAACAUGCAAGUGAUUGAGAAAGUUUCUCAAGGAUACCGACUUUAUAGACCGCAACUGGUUUCAGACAUCAUCUACCAGAUAAUGUACAACUGCUGGCAUGAACUACCAGAAAAGCGUCCUGCCUUUUAUCAGCUCUUACCAUUUUUUGAGGCACUGAAAGAAGACAACAGAGCUUGA